CCUCCACCCGUCACUCCGGCCGCCUCCCACCGCCUGUCCCGCCAUGUCCCGCCCGUCCCCGCCGCCCCCGGAGCUCGCGGCCGAGGUGACGCCGUCGCCGUGCUCGUCGCUGUCGCGCUUCACGCUCUCCGAGCACCCCGCGGCCGCGCUGGCGGCCAUGAACGAGCUGCGCCUGCAGGGCCAGCUGUGCGAUGUCACCCUGCGCGUCCGCCACCGCCGCGACCUGCCGCCCACCGAGCUGCGGGCGCGCGUGGUGCUGGCGGCCGCCAGCCCGGUCUUCCGGGCCAUGUUCACGGCGGGGCUGCGCGAGCGGGGCCUGGCCGAGGUGCCCAUCGAGGGCGUGCAGCCCGGAGCCAUGGCCGGCCUCGUGGAGUUCGCCUACACGGCGGCCGUGGCCGUGGGCGAGCGCUGCGUGCUGCCGCUGCUGCACGGCGCCCUCAUGUACCAGGUGCAGCCCGUGGUGCGCGCCUGCUGCGCCUUCCUGGGCGCGCAGCUGCACCCCAGCAACGCCAUCGGCAUCGCCGCGCUGGCCGAGCGCCUGGGCUGCCUGGAGCUGCUGCAGAGGGCGCGGGAGUACAUCUACAUGAACUUCGCUGAGGUCUCCAAGCAGGAGGAGUUCCUGUCGCUGUCCCACUGCCAGGGUGCCAGUUUUGGGGUCGGUUUUGAGCCGAUUUUUGUUAAUUUUGCCAUUUUUCUCCCCCUUUUCCCCCAGGUCUCCAAGCAGGAGGAGUUCCUGUCGCUGUCCCACUGCCAGGGUGCCAGUUUUGGGGUCGGUUUUGAGCCGAUUUUUGUUCAUUUUGCCAUUUUUCUCCCCGUUUUUGUGCAGGUCUCCAAGCAGGAGGAGUUCCUGUCGCUGUCCCACUGCCAGGGUGCCAGUUUUGGGGUCGGUUUUGAGCCGAUUUUUGUUCAUUUUGAUAUUUUUCUCCCCGUUUUUGUGCAGGUCUCCAAGCAGGAGGAGUUCCUGUCGCUGUCCCACUGCCAGGGUGCCAGUUUUGGGGUCUCCAAGCAGGAGGAGUUCCGCGCUGUUCCAGGCGCUGGACCGGGGCGGCGCGGCGCGUCCACGCGCUGCUGCGCGCCUGCAGCGCUCACGCCGCGCUUCCUGCGCGCCCAGCUCCGCCGCGACCUCGGCCGCGACGCGCUGCGCUACCUGGCCGUGUUCCGCGACCUGUCCCUGCACAAACCCACGCCGGGCCACCCGCCCUGCAGGACGCCCAAGGUGCGGCAGCUCAUCUACGCCGCCGGCGGGUACCUGAGGAGGUCGCUGAGCACGCUGGAGGCGUUCGACCCCGGGCGGGGCUCGUGGCUGAGGCUGGCCGACAUGGAGACGCCGCGCUCGGGGCUGGGGGGCUGCGUGGUCGGGGGACUCUUCUACGCCGUGGGGGGAAGGAACAAUUCGGCCGAGGGCAACACGGACUCGGCGGCCGUGGAGUGCUACAACCCCGUGAGCGGGCGCUGGGCGCCCUGCGCCGCCAUGAGCGUGCCCAGGAACCGCAUCGGGCUCGGCGUCAUCGACGGGCUCAUCUACGCCGUGGGGGGGUCGCACGGGUGCACGCACCACUGCUCCGUGGAGAGGUACGAGCCCGAGCGGGACGAGUGGGCGCAGGUGGCGCCCAUGGGCACGCGGCGCAUCGGGGUCGGCGUGGCCGUGCUGCACCGCCUGCUCUACGCCGUGGGCGGCUUCGACGGCAGCGCCCGCCUGAGCUCGGCCGACCGCUACCACCCCGAGAGGGAUCGCUGGGAGCCCAUCCCGCCCAUGGCCACCGUCCGCAGCGGCGCAGGUGUGUGUGCCCUCGGGAACUGCCUGUACGCCAUGGGGGGGUACGAUGGCACGCAGCAGCUGAGCAGCACCGAGCGCUUCCAGGCCGACACCGAGACCUGGAGCUUCGUGGCACCCAUGGGGCAGCGCCGGAGCGCGCUGGGGGUGACGGCCUUCAGGGGCAGGAUCUACGUCCUGGGGGGCUACGACGGCCACUCCUUCCUGGACUCCAUGGAGUGCUACGACCCCGCGGGGGACGCCUGGACGGCGCUGGCGCCGCCGAUGCCGUCGGGGCGCAGCGGGCUGGCCGCGGCCGUCACCGUGGAGCCCUGCCCCCCCCCGGAGCCCCCCCCCGGGGACGAGGAGCCCCCCCCGGGCGGGCCCUGCUGA